AUACGCAGACUUUUCAGUGUAUUUUUCCUCUGAAGAACACCACUCUUUUCAAGCGCCUCUUCUUUGAGCGUCGCUUCACUAGAUUCUCCGACUCGUUGGUGACAUCAUGACCGGAAAACUGUAUGGAAACAAGGACAACUUCAGAACCCAAAAGGUUUUGAUUGCUGCCAAGCUCGCCAACAAGACUGUCACCCUCGCCGGAGAUGCUGCUCCAGCUGACAAGUUCCCACUUGGAGUUACCCCAGCAUUUGAAGGAGAUGCUCUUCUCUUCGGAGCUGAGUCGAUCGGACUUCACCUGACUGGAACCUCAGCUAACGCCGAGACUGUCCAAUGGCUUCAAUUCGCAGAAGGUUAUCUUCUUCCAGCUGUUCUCGGAUACGUUCUUCCAUCUGUGUCUGCAGCCAACUUUGACAAGAAGACUGUUGAACAAUACAAGAAUGAACUCAACGGACAACUCCAAGUACUCGAUCGUGUUCUUGUUAAAAAGACCUACUUGGUUGGAGAACGUCUUUCUCUUGCCGACGUUUCCGUUGCUCUUGAUCUUCUCCCAGCUUUCCAAUAUGUUCUUGAUGCCAACGCUAGAAAGUCCAUCGUCAACGUCACCCGUUGGUUCAGAACCGUUGUUAACCAGCCAGCUGUUAAGGAGGUUCUUGGAGAAGUUUCCCUUGCCUCAUCGGUUGCUCAAUUCAACCAAGCCAAGUUCACUGAGCUCAGCGCUAAAGUCGCCAAGUCUGCUCCAAAGGCCGAGAAGCCAAAGAAAGAGGCCAAGCCAGCUGCUGCGGCUGCCCAGCCAGAGGACGAUGAACCAAAGGAGGAGAAGAGCAAGGAUCCAUUCCAAGAUAUGCCAAAGGGAACAUUCGUUCUUGACAAUUUCAAGAGAUCUUAUUCCAACGAAGACACCGCUACCAAGGCUAUCCCACACUUCUGGGAGAACUUCGAUGCUGACAACUGGUCCAUCUGGAAGUGCGAGUACAAAUACCCAGAAGAUCUCACUCUCGCCUUCAUGAGCUGUAACCUUAUCAAUGGAAUGUACCAAAGACUGGAGAAGUUGAAGAAGAAUGCUUUCGCCUCCAUGAUUCUUUUCGGAACCGACAACAAUUCGACCAUCUCAGGAAUCUGGGUGUGGAAGGGUGACAAGCUCGCCUUCGAACUCAGCCCAGACUGGCAGGUUGAUUACGAAUCGUACACCUGGACAAAGCUUGACGCCAAGUCCGAUGCCACCAAGAAGGAAGUCAACGAGUAUCUUAUGUGGGAGGGAGACUUCGGAGGAAAGAAGUUCAACCAAGGAAAGAUUUUCAAGUAAACUGGAGUUUCCAUACAACCCGGUGUAUUUGCCAUUUAAUCCUGUUGUUUACUCUGAGUCGGAAAGAAUAAAUUGUUUUCUAUUGUUUAUAAAGGACCCGGUAUCACUUCAAUAAAUUAUAUCUUCUUCAAG